AGGAGAGAAAGAAAUCCCGUCUGCCACCACCCCCAGGCCAGGCCCAUCCCCAACCCCGCCCCAGCCAGCCACCUCAACCUCACAACUUCAUCCAUCAUUUCUCCCAAGUCACAGCCCUCCGCCGCUGCUCCCACCCCACCACCACCACAUUUUGCAGAUCCUCCGCCCACAACCGCAAGCUAGACGUCGGUUUGAAAUUGGAGCAGGAACGAUCGUGGAUUGGUCACUCUUCCAUACUGCGGCGGAAAUGGUGGCCCAAAAAAUGAUGAUUCUACCACCGUCUUCAUCUUCGUGCGGCGACAGCGGUCAAUCUGAUUUUUCGGGCCAUGGUUUCUCAAAAUAGGCCGCCGGAAGAUUGAAGAUGGUGGCCAUGGUUGGGGGCGUGUUCUUGAGGGAGAUGAACGGUGGGUGGGCGAAUAAGAGAAGAAAGAAAGAAAGAAAAAAAAAAAAAAGAAAGAGAGAGAAGAGAGGUGGGGGCAUUUCAGACAUUUCAACAGGAGCGCGUGAGAGACACGAUAGCAUCGCAUCGCCCCUCCCCAGAAAAAUAGAGAGAGAAAAAUAAAUAGAGAAAAGAUGGGGAAAACAAAGAAGGAAGAAUUAUGGGAGGAUAUAGAAAUAGUAUGUGUGGGAAAGCUGUUCACUGGUCCAUGGGAGAACAAGUAUUGGAGCUCAUCUAGGGGUAAAGAGCGGUACCCAUAUCCAGUUGGAUACAAAUCAGUGAGGACUCAAAAUGGAGUGAGAUACACAAUGGAAAUUCUCCAAGGUCUCAAAGGCCCUUCAUUUAUGAUUAGUAGUUGUUCUUCUUCUGAUGAUGAUGAGAAUAAGUGUUGUUACGGGCAUGGGGACACUCCAAAUCUGGCAUGGGAGAUCUUUCAGAAGAAACUAUAUUCUAAGUUGUGUCAUACCAACAUUGAUGGAGUCGAGUUGUUUGGAUUGAAAAACAGAUUUGUUCAGAAAUUACUGAGAGAAUUGGUGGUAAACGUUGGUGGAACUGCUGAACAAGUGUCAAACUUGUCAAGUGAAUGCACACCAUCAAGUGGCUCUUCACAUGCUAAAGAAAAGAGAAAGAGGAAGGAUAAACUUGCUACAAGUACACAACUCAGUAAGACUCGUGUCAAUCAACAACAAAAAUGCACAAAUAAUGUCAGCAGCUCUUCAACUUUUGCUGAUGCAGAUCAAGUCGACAUCACUAACCAUCUCAAACUAGGUUGUUCCCUUUCCCAUCCAGAAAAUGAACCGAGUGAUGAUAGGUCAAGAUAUGGCGAAGACAGAGGUGUAUUUAGUAAUUCUCAUAUUGACCUGCUGCCAGUUGUCAAUGGUGAUGAUCUAUGUGCACCCGACUCUUUCGAUCAGGCUGGAGGAGAUGAAAUUGUAAAUGGUGUGGAUGAGUCUGAGUUCUUUGUCACUGAUUCAGCACCUCAAGAAGAUGAAAUAGGAAUAUCCACUUGUUCAGAAAAGUGUGAUACUGAUUUAUUUGGUCAAGAAUUAGACAAUUCCAUGAUGACAGUUCUACUUCCUCGAGCUGUUCCUUUACUUAAAAAAUCAUUAUUUAGAAAGAAAUGUAAAUCUGCAAAGUCUUCAAAAAACCCUAUUCAUGGAUCUCAGGUGGAAUAUGACAUUAGUAUGUCUAAUGCAACCAUAGAUUUGGAAAGAAAGAGUGAAAGGGGAUUGAUUCAAUGUUCUCGUCAAGAUUCAGUUGUCUCCACCUCAGGGAAAUCAGAUUCUGAUUGUUUAGAAAAUGGUCCGAGAAUUUCUCACGGUGAAUUUUCACAGCUGCCGAUCAAUGUCAAAGCAGAAGAAAACCUAUUACUUUGCCACAGUGGAAUUACAGAAGAUGCUCCUGCUAAGGAAAUUAUUGCCAACUCCAACCAAUCCAAAAUUGGUUACUCUUGUGGAGAUAAAGUUCCUGCUGUUCGUGCAUCACAAAGUGUUUGCAUGUCUGAGAACAAUGAGAUGGAUGACGAGCCGAGGUCCAACAUUCAGCAAAAAGUGAAGUUAAAUAACAAACCCGAUGCCAAUUUCAAGCUUUUUGGAUGCUAUGUCCACCCGAUGCCAAUUUCACUGGUGCAACUAAUUGUUAAAGAUAAUGAGAUAUUUAUAUUUGUGAAAUGCGGAUACUCGUGCCACAAUGAGAGCAACCUCUUUCUCCACAAGGCCUUACUGAAUGGAGAGAAGAUGGGGUGCCCUUCAUUAAUUGGUCAUGCCCCAAUAGCUUUGCAAAUUUCAAACGAUUUACUUGGUAGAGAUAUUGUUGUGGGUAGAUCAAUGUUACAAUUAACCCCCGAUGCACAAUCAGUCGUUUUAUUAAACAACAUUAAAACUCCUUGUUGUAGGGAGGGUAAAUUGGAUUGUCCAUGUUGGGAUUGUACUUCAGAUAUAUAUGAGAGAAAUGCAGUUAAAAUUGUUAGAUUAAAAAGAGGGUAUGCUUCGGUUGUGACAAAACUGAAAACAGCUAAGGAUGUAUGCUGUUUAUUAGUUUGUGAACCGAGUUUUCUUCUUGCCGCCGAGGAGGAUGGAAACCUCAAGUUGUGGGUCAUGAACUAUGCAUGGAGCGGACAGAAAGACGAAUGGCAUUUGCCUACAUUUGACUGGAUAGUUCCUAGUAUUAUUGAGUUGAAGACAAUUCCAAAGUCUGCUAGCUUAGUUGUUGGCCACAAUGGGUUUGGAGAGUUUGGCUUAUGGGAUAUAUACAAGGGCAACCUGGUAUCAAAGUUCUCAUGCCUAGGAUUGUCCGUUUCGGAGUGCGUUCCUGUCAGUGUUUUCAGAUGGCAAAGAAAGACAGAUUCAAUUGUAAAUGACAUCAUAAUCGACCCCAUGAAUAAAAGCUUUUCUUCGGCAGUAAGCAAGAAUAGCGAUGUAGCCGUGUGGCUUCUCAUUUCAACACCCCCUGAUCCAUUUUCACUCGAAACAAAUCCAGUUGCAUGUUGGAGCCUUGCUUUGUUGGUCAAUAACUUGGUCAUCACUGGAACUGUUAUCGAUGGAUGCAUGGCGGCUGCCGUCACAUCUGCUGGUUAUGGAGUUGUGGGUGGGAACGAUGGAAUUGUUUAUUUGUGGGAGUUAUGUACCGGAGAGAAGCUUGGGAACGUACAUUCCUUUAAAGGUAGUCAAGUAUCAUACAUAACCACAGAUACUUCAGAAUCGGGGGCUUUGGCCAUAGCUAGUGCAGAUCAGCUGCGGGUUUAUCUCCCAUCUUAAAAUUGUUUUUUGGUGCUACAGUUUACGACAACAUCAUGUACAGCUAGCUAGCUUGUUUCUACAGUUUUCUUUUGAAACUCAUCUACUCUAUUAAGAUAGAUGCAUGUGUAUACUAACCAAAUAAUUAUUAGGCUGCGUCUAUAUGCAAGAAUAAUUCC